AUGGAGCACCCGUGCAAACCUCCUUUCAGACCCUCGGAACUCACUCUCGCGCAGAUACGCGGAAGCAUACCUCCCCGUUUGUUUGAGCGACACGCUAUGACUAGUCUCUACUACCUUGGCCGCGACCUUAUACAAGCGGUACUCCUCGGAGCGGUUAUGGUGAUGAUAGACAAUUACCUGUGCAGUAUCAGUCCUACUGUGAUUAGCUGGUGGUUUCAAGGACUUACGUUCACUGGGAUUUGGGUCAUCGGGCACGAGUGCGGUCACGGAGCUUUCUCAAGCUCAUCGGCGUUGUCGAAUACCAUUGGAUUCGUUCUCCAUACACUCCUAUGGACCCCUUACUUCAGCUGGAAGAUUUCCCAUCAUCGUCAUCAUGCUAACCAUGCUUCAAUGGAGUACGACGAAGUGUAUGUUCCCAAAACCCGAAGCGACCUCGGUAUACCCAUGGAAUCGCAAUCGAGUCCCAUCAAUUAUUCCGAGUACUUCGAGGACACGCCCUUGUACACUUUAGUUAUGCUUAUCCGUCAGCAACCCCUUGCGUUUCCCGCGUAUCUUCUCUGGAACGUGUCUGGUCAGAAGCAAUAUGCACGUUGGACGAACCAUUUUAAUCCCAACGCUCCGAUCUUUCGAGACCAUCAGUUCUGGGAUGUCGUGCUAUCAAACCUAGGAAUUGGAUCAAUGGCUCUUCUUACCUUGUCCAUUUGCAAUUAUAUCGGAUUCGGUACCGUUGUUAAAUAUUAUGGGAUACCGUGGUUAUUGGUGACUCACUGGUUCGUCAUGAUCACAUAUCUUCAUCACACAACCCCGUACAUUCCGCAUUAUAGAAAGGAAGCAUGGUCGUAUGUCCGUGGCGCAGCGGCUACUGUUGAUCGGAACUUUAUUGGAUGGCAAGGACGAUGGUUCUUGCAUGACGUCGCACACUUCCAUGUUAUUCACCACUUUUUUCCGAUGAUGCCAUGGUACCAUGGUCAAGAAGCAACAGAGUAUUUGAAGAAGUGUCUGGGAGAUUCGUAUCUUUUCAGUGCUGAACCUGUGUUCCAGGAACUUUGGAGGAGCUACAACGAAUGCCAAUUUGUGGAAGACGAAGGAGCGAUUGUAUUUUACAAGAAUAAGAAAGGAAAGGCCCAUAUCGGGAACGACAUUCUCUCUUGA